AUGGGAAUCUCACCAUCUGCUGCGCUUCUCUUUGAGGCUCUGUGUCUCUUGCUUUUUGUUCUUUCAACGAGUGCCGUCACUGUCAGGCUACCCCUCUAUCGAAAUGCUAUCGUUUUCGCGCUACCGUGUUUCCCCAUCGCCAAAGAGCAGUCUAGACAGCACAUCUCCCAGGGAAUAUCUGAUACGCGGAGGUGGCUCGCGAAUGGUCAAGCUCAAAAAGUACUGCAUGGUGCGACUGGUUCAUAUCCAGCCGCCGCGGGCCCCCUGCAUGAAUGUAAUGUAAUCUACCAUCUUCUAUUCACGAGCAAUGUGACCCUUGGAACACCUCCUCAACCCUUCAUCGCUCGCAUUGACAUCAACUGGGCGGACAUGUUUGUGCCAUCUGCACCAUGCAUGCUGGAUCCCGACAGAGACUGCGUCCCUUUCCACAAAUUCAAUUCCAGUCAGUCCUCAACAUACAUCGCAACCAUCGCCUUUACGGCAAUUGACUACGAGGCCUGGGAACCUCGGGCUAUCUCGCCCAGGACACGCUCAGCAUCGGCAGCAUCCGCAUUACAAAUCAAAUGUUCGAAGCAGCUGUUGAUUGGAGAUCUAUGUACGGAGAUGACUGGGCACCACUGGACAGCGGACUUAGUCUGACCCGCUUUCGAUCUCCCGGACGAUACCUAGAGUCUAGGUACCAGAACUAGCCGCUCCGAAACAUGAUUGAUCAAGGGUUGCUCGACCACAAUGUCUUCUCGCUGCGCCUUCCACGAACCAGCAACGAAGUUGGAGAAU